AUGACGGCGGCAGCAGCGUUCGCCGCCGCCGGUUUCGCCGCGCUCACAUGCCUCGCCUCGCUCGGCUCCCCGGCGUCGUCGUUCUCGUCGUCGAGCUUCGUCGCAUACGCGGCGGAGGUGUCGCCGCCGUCGGCGGCGGCGGCGCCGGGCGAGGAGGCGGAUCACAAUCACAUGCGGUUAGCGCAGGAGGACGUGAUGGGGUUUGUGGGCGUGGAGCUGGAGCUGGACGACGCGAGGGCGGGAGCGGGAGCGGAUGGGGAGGACGAGGACGAGGAGGAGGAGGAGGAGCGGCGGCGGCAGCAGCAGCAGGUGUCGCAGUACGAACCCGCGUUUGUGGGCGUGAUACGGGAUAUCAUCGGGAGGCAGGCGUCGUCGUCGUCGUCGUCGUCGUUCGUGACGCUGACGAAUAACGAGGUGGGCACGAGCUCGAUCCUGGCGGGGAAGACGCUUUAUUUUCGGUUUGAGAACUCGUCUGUUUGGGGCAAUUUUUCGGCUGAGACGCCUGGGUUGCCGGAGAUGGAUGGGAGGAAGCUGUUGUCGAGGGAGAGUAUGGAUAGGGAGCUGAAGAGGAGGGGGGUGGGGGUGGAGGUGGAGGAGGAGGAGGAGGAGGAGGAGGAGGGGGACGAGGACGUGGACGUGGACGUGGAUGGGAAGGUUGUGCUGAGGAAGAGGGCGGCGGCGACGAGGCAGGUGUACGUGUCGAUGAAUACGUGUAAUCAGCCGGACAUCAAUGGGACGACGACGCAGGAAGCUCCGCCGCAGCUGACGCUGUACAUCUCGACUUCGGACAAGAACAAGUCGCCCGGGCCGAGCGCGGAGAGCACUCUGCAGAGCACGCACACGCUGAGCGGCGGCUUCGCGAGCGCUACGAUCAACGCGACUUCGAACGUGUACAUUGGCGUGUCUGCCCCGUCGCCUCUACCCGACGGCUUUACUGGGGACUGGCAAUUCCAGGUUGCGGCCUCUAUCGACCAGUCCUUCCAUCAAUACAACGAACCCAAGUCUGCCAACUCGUUCGUGUACCUCGUCGAUACGGAUACAAACUCGGCACUGUUCGUCACGGACAACCUUACGUCAUCAGACCCAGGCGAGGACGACUACGAACGUUGGAUGCGGGCGGGUAAUCCUUUCCAGCUGUUCGCGUACAGCAGCAACAUGACGGCCAUCAAGGGCAUGGAAAGGUCCUACUGCGGGUUGUUGAACGCGUGGAACGAGGAACCGUCGAGCCAGAUCAGCGGCAUGACGACCAGGGGCUUGGGAAACAAGCCGAAGGAGCAGUUCUACGUCCAGGGUCUGAACGGGAGCACGCCGUAUUUUGCUUUCCCGGUCAUGUACGGCAAUUCGACGGCUGCCGGAUCGGGUGUCGUCGGUGGCGGUGGGCAGGUCUGGGCACCAGUAAACUUCACGACGAAGGCCGACGGCAACUGCCAAGUCAUCUUCAACCUCACCUUCUGCGACGAGGUCGCAUACGCCGUCCCCUCGAACCCGAACCGGUACAACCUGACGACGCUGGUGGACCUGUACGACUCGUACGCGGCGAACCACUACCAAAACUUCAACUACUCGCUCCAGCAGAUCCCGUGCAACACGACCAACACGGCGCAAUACUCCCUCGCCAAGACGUGCGACGACUGCGCCCACGACUACAAGAACUGGCUCUGCGCCGUCACCAUCCCCCGCUGCGAAGACUUCUCCGCCACCGACGCCUGGCUGCAACCCCGCAACAUCGCGCAGCCCUUCGCCAACGGCACCGCCCUCGCCGACACGCAGUUCGGCCGCGACAACGACGGCGCCAACCCCCUCAGCAACGCCACCCUCCGCGACCGCCUCUACGCCAACAGCUCGCGCAACCCCAUCAUCGACGAAAAGGUCCAGCCCGGCCCUUACAAGGAGGUCCUCCCCUGCGAGGACCUGUGCUACUCCCUCAUCCAGAGCUGCCCCGCCAGCUUCGAGUUCGCGUGCCCCGUCCGCGGCAGGGGGCUCGAGCGCAGCUACGGGAACCGCAACGGCAACGAGGACGGGUCCGUCACGUGCAGCUAUCUCGGCGCGGUGUAUUACGUCAAUGGGGGGGCGAGUUUGGUGAUGGGGAUGGGGGGGCUGGUGGGGAGGAGCGCGGUGGUUGCUGGGGCGACGGUGGGGUGGGUUCUGUGGGGGGGUUGGGGCGCGUAG